CGUUUUUUUUUUGUUUUCGCGUUUCCUAUAUAAAUGAUGGGCAUGCCGCCACUUGGACGUGCCAGCUGAACGACCGAAAGACCUCCAAAAUGGGCAAGAUCAUCUUCUACGAGGACCGGAACUUUGGCGGCCGCCACUAUGAGUGCAUGAGCGACUGCGCCGACCUCAGCUCGUACUUCAGCCGCUGCAACUCCAUCCGCGUGGAGAGCGGCUGCUUCAUGAUCUACGAGCGCCCCAACUACUCGGGCCACCAGUACUUCCUGAGCCGCGGGGAGUACCCCGACUACCAGCGCAUGAUGGGCAUGGGCAUGACGGGAGACAUGAUCAGGUCCUGCCGCAUGAUCCCCAGUUACCGCGGAUCCUACCGGAUGAGGAUCUACGAGAGGGAGAACUUCGGAGGUCAGAUGCACGAGCUGAUGGACGACUGCGAGUCAUUCCAGGACCGCUACCGCAUGUCCGACUGCCAGUCCUGCCACGUGAUGGACGGCCACUGGCUCAUGUACGAGCAGCCCCACUUCAGAGGCAGGAUGAUGUACAUGAGGCCUGGGGAGUACAGGAGCUUCAGAGAUAUGGGCUACAGCAACACGAGAUUCAUGUCCAUGAAGCGCAUCGUGGAUUCCUGUUAAAUGAUUUUAGAGCACAUUUUUUUACAUGUGAAACUGUAAAAUAAAGAGUAAAUUUAA